AUGAAUACGUCACGGUUAACUUUGAUGAGUGUUUCUAAUGUAGGCGUAUGGUGUGAUCCAGGUUAUGAAGGAGCAUCAUGUGAAAACGAAGUGAAUGAGUGUUCCUCUUCACCGUGUAAAAAUGGAGCUCAGUGUGAAGAUUUAAUCAAUAGUUACACAUGUCACUGUUUACCUGGAUGGACCGGUCCACAGUGUGAAACUCGAGUACGACCGUGUGCCAAUUCACCAUGUCUUAAUAAUGCUACCUGCUUAGAUUUGGGUACAACGAAUCAAAGUGAAUCUAGUGAUCUCUUUAUAUGUCGGUGUAAAGAAGGUUAUCACGGGAGGUUUUGUGAAAUAAAAUCUGAUGAUUGUACACAUAUUGUCUGUCAAAACGGUGGUCAGUGCAUUUCAAAGAAUGGAAGAAGUUAUUGUGAAUGCUUAGAAAACUAUCAGGGGUUAAAUUGUGAGGAAGUGAUCGUUAGAGAAAAUAAGUUAUCAACUGAAGCUGAAUCAGUGAAAUCAUUUGAUUGUUCCAAAACACCGUGUUUAAAUAAUGGCACUUGUCAUAAUAAUACUAGUCUUACUAUUGGAAGUGAUAUUAGCAGUGUGAUGUGUAGUUGUCAACCGGGAUUUUCUGGCCCUUAUUGUGAAAACACAGUGGACUAUUGUACACAAAUGCAUUGUCUCAAUGGAGGAAAAUGUUUGUUGCAAGAUGAUGCUGACCAUUCUGAAGGAACAGAGACCAAAUAUACCUGUAAAUGUCAACCUGGAUUUUCAGGUUAUGAAGGAGCAUCAUGUGAAAACGAAGUGAAUGAGUGUUCCUCUUCACCGUGUAAAAAUGGAGCUCAGUGUGAAGAUUUAAUCAAUAGUUACACAUGUCACUGUUUACCUGGAUGGACCGGUCCACAGUGUGAAACUCGAGUACGACCGUGUGCCAAUUCACCAUGUCUUAAUAAUGCUACCUGCUUAGAUUUGGGUACAACGAAUCAAAGUGAAUCUAGUGAUCUCUUUAUAUGUCGGUGUAAAGAAGCGAGAAAAGCACAUCUCAUGACCAAAUAUCGAAAUUCAAGCUUCAUCAAACUGUUAUCAAAUAUAUUAUUUGUACAUAUACUCUUUUCAGAUUGA